AUGUUUCUAAACAGAUUUUCAACCCUUCUAAUAUUUUUAAUAAUAUCAAUUUUCCUUGUUGAUAUUUAUAAAUGUCAACUUGCAAAUAGCAGUAAGUUAUUGUUUUUUUUUAAAUUAUUUUUUGGUUCAAAAAUCAAUUCAAAAUUAUUAGGUCCAUUCGAGUUUCCUGAAGAAGAAUUUGAAGAUGAAGAAGAUCGAAGUUUGGAAAAAGACAUUCUUGUUUUACCGAAUCGUUUUCCAAAAAGAUUGAAUUGGUUUUGUAAUCCGAGAAACGAAUUAAUGCGGGAUCGAUUGUGUAUGGGAGAAAUUGAUGCGUAUGCUUUAGCUUGUGCUGAUGAAUCACCACCUAUUCAACUUGUUCCGUUUUGUUUGGGAUAUAAGGUGAGGGCAAAGAAAUGUACACUCAAAGUCCCUUUCUUAAUUAAUCCUCUCAUUCUCACCUUAACAAAUAAAAUUUCAAUCUCUGAUCACUUUUCUAAUUACUAUUGUCCAUCUUGAGAAAACAUCAAAACAAAAAUAUUUUCAUUAUUACUAUUUACACAAAUCUUGUCUUUUUCAUGAUAAAUUAGCUUGGUUCCAGUUUAUUCAAAGAAUAAGUGUUAACAAUUGUUUGUUUUCAGCAUCAAUGCGCAAAAGCAAAUUAUCCAUCAGAAGAUUGGUGUGAAAAAGAAUUUGAUAGAUAUGAUAAGUAA